AUGUUUGGCAUUGGCUUGCUGCUGUAUUACGUCUGGGAAGUGGACCACGAGGUGGAGGUGCGCACACUGCGCGGCCGCUACGCUGGCCGCACCCUUGUGGUAGGUGCGAAACACGUCCACGAGUUCCUUGGCAUCUACUUUGCACGCGACCCCGUCCGUAGCAUGCGCUUCCAGCAGUCCCUGGUGAUGGACAAACAGAUGCUCCUUACUAAGGCCCUUUCGAUGAAGCCGUGCUGCGUACAGGACAAGGACUACGCCAUGGAAGACAUUGAUGGCCCAGUGAGCGAGCGCUGCCUGCACCUAAACAUCUGGACGCCGAUGCUCCCCGGGCGACGAUGCAAGAGCGAUUGCGGACUCAGGACUGUCCUGGUCGUCUUCGUGGGCCGGGACUUCCAGUACGGCGGCAACUCGCAUAACUUGUACAGGGGUGAGCUUCUGGCUCUGUACGCUGACGCAGUUGUCGUGGUCCCCAACUACCGGCUCGGCCCGUUCGGCUUUCUCAACGGUCGCAUCGUGGACAUAACGGGCAACGUUGGUCUGUACGAUCAGAAGGUCGCUCUCGACUGGGUCCUGGAAAACAUCGAGUUCUUCGGUGGUAACCCCGAAGACAUUGUCCCCGUAGGUCACGAUGCCGGUGCCAUCUCGAUAAUGCACCACUUGUUUGAGACGAAGUCACACUGGAUGCAGCGAGUGAAACGCGUCGUGUUACACACGUCUUCGUUCUUUCGACCGUACCGAGACAACACGAGAGAUGCCUUGCAGAAUACCCUUCAGAUGGGCCGGUUAUGUUUCUGCCACCCAGAAGAAGGCGUCGACCUGGUGGUCGAAUGCUUGCAGACAAUACCCUCGAGCCGCCUGAGAAUGGCGGCGAGGCAUGCCUACACAUUGGCACCCAUCUUCGUCCCUUCGAACACGAUAGAAACUAUGCCUUCGGCCGCUAUUAAAAUUCAUAAUUCGAGCGCUGCAAGACCAUGGCUGAGGGACAAAGAGUUUCUCUUGGGCAACGUGGCGGACGAAGGUUCCUUCGAGUACUCAAUGAUCCUGAACAGACUGGCCGAGUUGAAAUACGUUCUUCCGGAGGGAUCUUUCCCAAAUGUAACAGCAGAAAUUAUCACGUUCCUCUCCGAACUCCCCUUGGGCGGUCAGGUUGAAGACAUAAUCGGCGAGUACAGGAAAUGCUACCGUAAUGAAACUUACAUUGACGCUGACAUGUGGAAGAAUAUAUUGGGAGACAUACUGGUCUACUGCCCUAUGCAAUACUUGGCCGAGACUCUAUCAGCCCUCGGAAACAAGGCAAGUAGGUCGAACAUUGAUAUUCCUUACUCAUCAUCAGCAGCAGCAGCAGCAGCAGCGGUGCUGCUGCUGCAGAUCAUUAUUUGA